AUGCGCAGCAAGGUACCCCUAGGCAAGUCCUCACCUCGUCCUCACGUGCAGGUGAAUAACUACGGGCGAAUUAACUCGCCCGCCGAUGACAUCCGCAUAGCCAUGGCGAAGAACGCGAGCAAGGCGGGAAGUCCUACCGCCGCCUCCGGUGCGAGCUGUGACGGGGAAGACGGAGACGAAGCACACGGCGACGACGCCGAGGAGGAUUGGCCGGAGAACGGCCACGAUGACAGCGCUUCGGGCGACGAAUUUGGUACUGCCGACAUCGAGGAGGACGAAUGGUGGAAUCAGCCGGUCGGGAGCGGCGACGAGGUGGAAGAGUGGCGGGCUGGUGAUUCCGACAACGGCGGAGGUGAAGAUGCUGGCGGUGACAACGCGGAGGCACAGGAAGCGGCGGUGGAUGCGAAUGAGGCUGCCGACGAGGCGGCGGCGGAACUCGAGACAGAGGCGCCUGCGGAUGCGGACGCGGUGGCGGAGGCGAACAAGGUGGCUGCGGAUGCCGUCUUAUUUGAGGCACAGGACAACGAGUGGAUGGACGAGAGCGCUGUGCAGACCUGGCUGUCCAAGGAGGUGCUUCCCCAUCUGUACCCCCAGCGCGGCAAGAGCGCGAGGCGUGCGAUGCUGGUGUUAAACUCCUACCGCGGCCACAUCACCCAGACCAUGCUUCAGUCGUACCGCACGCACAGCAUCACCCCUGCAGUCAUUCCAGCGGGUUGUACGAGCCAGAUUCAACCCCUGGACGUCUCCAUCAACCGGUGCUUCAAGGCUGCCGUGCGAGCGCGCUACGCCAGCAGGGAACCUGCGGAGGCCUCCGCACCCCGUGGUGCUGCAGUGGAUCGCGGAGGCUUGGGAUCAAGUCCCCAGGCAGAUCAUCAUCGACGCGUUCCGCCACUGUGGGAUCUCCAGCAAGCUGGACGGAACGGAGAACCAACUGGUGAUGUCUCAGCUGCGCGCCAGGAGCACCACCGAUGUCUCCGAGGACAUGUCCCUCGGGGGGACCACAGGCGACAACGCGCGCCUGCUUCGGAAGGCUCCAAGGAGGAGGAGGAGGAGGAGGAGGAGGAGGAGGAGGAGGAGGAGGAGGAGGAGGAGGAGGAGGAGGAGGAGGAGGAGGAGGAGGAGGAGGAGGAGGAGGAGGAGGAGGAGGAGGAGGCGAUGCAGGCGGAGGGCGUGCGGGAGGUGGCCGUGGCAACUGGCCUGGAGGUGCUGUACCAAGAGACCCCCAACUACCGCAGAGCGGCAGCCGAGGCUGACCGCAUGAUCGAGCCAAUUGAGACGGCUAGGCAUGCCUGGCGAGUGCCAGAUCUGAGCGUAGAGCCUGUUGCUAGUGCUGCAGAGGAGGCGGUUACUGAGGGGGGUUAG